UUGUAGGCUUCCGUAGGCGCCCCACAGUGCUACUUAUGAUCACAUGAUUCACGAAACUGGCUUUUGUUGGUGUUAUCAGCAAUCUUACAGCAUGUCUUCAUCUAAAGGGAAUAUAAUUACAGUUGUAGGAAGUGGGCUCAUUGGCCGCUCCUGGGCCAUGGUGUUCUUAAGUGGAGGAUACAGGGUUAAACUCUAUGACAGUCAGCCAGAACAAGCAUCAAGGGCCAUUGCAGAAAUCAGGAAGCAAGUAGAGGAGCUUCAGGAAGCUCAAAUGCUUAGAGGAAAGCUUAGUGCUUCAGAGCAGUUGAGUCUGCUGAGCAGUCAUGAUGACCUUUCACAGGCACUAAAGGGAGCAUUUUUUGUUCAGGAAUGUGUUUUUGAGGAUGUACAGGCCAAGCAGACUGUUUUCCAGGCUGUGGAAAGUCAUGUGGGUGAGGACACUAUCCUCAGCAGCUCCACCUCGUGUCUGAUGCCCAGCAACGUCUUCUCUCUAGUCCAGAACCCAAAACGCUGUAUUAUAUCCCACCCGGUGAACCCACCCUACUAUGUUCGUCUGGUGGAGCUGGUUCCUCACCCUGACACGCUGCCUACAGCUAUGGAUAUUGCUUUUGAACUGAUGACUGAGGUGGGGCAAGCACCUGUACGCCUCAGAAAGGAGAUUGAUGGCUUUGCACUAAAUCGAGUUCAGUAUGCCAUUAUAGCGGAGUGCUGGAGAUUGGUUAAAGAUAAUGUGAUCUCAGUCAAGGAUAUUGAUCUGGUGAUGUCAGAGGGGCUGGGCAUGCGCUACGCUUUCAUUGGUCCAAUUGAAACUAUGCAUCUCAAUGCACCAAAUGGUCUUGAUGACUACCUUGGACGCUAUCGGGACGGCAUGAGAAGGGUUCUGUCUAGUUUUGGGCCAAUUCCUGAGUUUGAGGGAGAGGUAGCAGCUAGAAUUAAUGAAGAGAUCUGUGAGCUUAUCCCUUGUGACGAAGAGCAUCUCUCUGCCAGGAGAGAGAGAAGGGAUCAGCUGCUGAUGGGGCUGGCUCAGCUUAAGAAAUGAAUGGCUUCUGCCCAUUACACAUGUUCUCAACUUAAGAAAAAAAAGCAAACUGAGCCAACUUUGGACGUUUGACUUCAGGGAACUCGAAGUACUGGCUAAUCCUGUGUUAUCAGGAACACUGUUUUAACACCAUGUCUAUACUUUCUUUGAUUCUGAAUCGGAAACAGAACCUAUGACUAUUAAAAGACUUAAUGACGUUUUGUUUAUAGGGCAAGCCUGGCCCUUCUCACAAUUAAAAUCAAAUUAAACUGGAAUGGGGGUUGGUAAA